GAUUCACUUUUGUGAUACUCUCAUGACUCAAUUUAUUUUGAUAGCUUAUCUUAUUCUUAUCUCUAUCAUAUCCUUUGCUAAUCUAUGCUUUUGGUGAGAUUGUAAUUCAACAGUCUACUAUCCCUCUCCCAAAGGAAUUCAAUUCCAUUCAGUCUGCAGCUUUUUAACAUAUAAAUAUCCUUUUUCAUGUAAAAUUAAUCUUUCUUUUCUGGGAAUCUUGCAGGUUAUUCAAGGCUGGGAGGAAAAUAACCUUGGCUUCCAAAAGAAAGAGUUGAUGAGCUCUUGGUGAUAAAGACAAGUUCAAAACUUGGUUGAAAGAGGAGGAGACUGAGCAGACGAAGACUUCUGCAUUCAGCACUCCCAACAUUCACAUCUGAAGAAGUAUACAGGAAGCUUUUGGAUUUGCAAGCUAAGGUUGACAGCAUUAAUAAAUUAAUAAAAUUCCAAAGCCAAAGCCUAGAGUUGAGAAGCCUGUAAAAAAUGAAACUGCCAGCAAUGGGGAGAACGUUAAAGAUUCCAACUCAACAUCUGAGAAUACAUCACAAGGUGACAAACCAGCUACUGAGUCAGAUGCCCUGGCUGAUGAAAAGGUUGCAGCAGAAGGCGAGAACCAUGACGAGUUAUAAUCAAGUUGGUACGAGUUGCAGGUUUCAUAACCUAUUCAUUGCCCUUUUUAAGUUGGAAAAAUUUGCGCAUGCAGGCAAAAUGGUAGGAAAGAAGGGGAAGAGUUUUCCACCUGAGGUUUUGAUCAGUCAGAUGAACGGAUACAGUAGUAGCUUAACCAGUCUUUACUUUGUUUAUCCUUGAUUACCAUUAAUACUAACAUAGGUGAGGGGCCAUUUCUGGGUAAUCUAGUUCGUCGUGGAAAAAUUUUUGGCAUUCUGAUGAGGAUUUUCGUUAUAUAUAAACACAUGUAAUCAUAAACCCGAGGUAUAGCUCUGUUUCUUCAGAUGAUUUACACUUUCAUUUUGUUCUUUCAGAAAAUAAAAUUGUGAUUGUGAU